AUGAGUGUUUCUGCCUACGACCAUGAUUACAUUUCACCACCACACCCGUCCACACAGGCAAAUGCGUCCGUGGUUCAGCGUCCAGUACAACCGCAGAGAGCCGUUCAGACAUCGGUCAAGGGCACAACGUUCAUGCGCUCUCCUGUAGUGCAUACGAGGCCAGUCGCAGGUCAGAAUUUUUCGUACGCAUCAGCAGCAACAACCCAAACUUACGUGCCUGGAUCUGUGCCUGAGCUCUCUAGCACAUUGGAAACUGGCUCCUACGAAAACAGUGCCUCAUCUCUGAAUCUGGUUGUUCCUAUUCGUGAGCCGUCACCUGAACCCGUUGUGGAGGAACCUCCUGCACCUGCUGUUCAAGAUCCUUCGACAAGCGAAGUCGCUGAAGAAGAGGACGAUGGAGAUGAUGGUGAGAUUGAUAUCCAGAUUCGCAAUGUUGUGUGCAACUACACCUUACCGCUGCAUAUCGAUCUGCGGAAAUUGGCUUUGAACAGUAAUAAUGUGACAUUUGACCGAGGUCGUGGGGUUUUGCUCAAGCAAAAGCGCAAACCCAACUGCUAUGUUAAAAUUUACAGCUCUGGGAAGGUUUACAUUGUUGGUUGCAAGAGUGAAGCGGACUGCAUGAUCGCGGCUCGAACCAUUGCCAGACGUGUUCAGAAAACUAUGAACAAGGAAAAUGACGUGGUUAGGAUUAGAAACUAUAAGCUUGCGCAACAGUAUCCAGCGCAAUCGCAGUAUGAACCUGAACUGUCCGUUGGUCUGGUUUGGCGAUCACAGGAUCCGAAAGCAACGUUGCGGAUCCAUACUACUGGUAGUAUCACUGUAACAGGAGCCUCAUCGGAAAGUGACGUGAUGCGGUCGAUUGAGAUGAUGUAUCCAAUUGUUCGAAAGUUUCGCUGUGCAAUGCGCCAUAGAACAGAGCCGAAGCGAAAGCGUCCGCCAAGAAAACGUGCAGCUCCGUCAUCUAUGGGAGGACCGUCUGCAAAACGUCCCACAGCAUCUCCCUCCGGUUCCGGUCUCGUAGGUAAUAGAGUUUACUUCAGUGAUGAAGAUGAUAUUUAUGAUGAGGACGAUCUGCUCGAUGACGAAGAUUGA